UGGCACAGUAAGUUUGCUUUUAAUAUUUUCAUUCGGUUGUUGCAUUUAACAUGUCUGUCCUUCCCCACCCCCUCUUUUUUCUCCCUAAUAGGUGCAGGCAAAACUCCGACCUUAGGAGGAGGAUUCCAUGCAAACCUGGGAAAGGAGUCCCGAGCACAAACCCUGCAGAACGGGAAACGUCAGAUUCACCACUUGGGAAACCAGCUUCAACUCAAUCAGCACUGCCUGGAUACUGCCUUUAACUUCUUCAAGAUGGCUGUGAGCAAACACCUAACGCGGGGGAGAAAGAUGACCCACGUCAUUGCUGCGUGCCUCUACCUGGUGUGUAGGACAGAAGGAACUCCUC